AUGCCGGGAUUGAACCCUGGAACUUCAGGUAUAAUUGGUAUAUUUGGAAAUGCAACAGCCAUAAUGAUGUUUUUCAUAGAGAAACAAUUCAGAACUCCAACAGAUCUUCUACUUCUCAACCUGGCAAUAGCUGAUCUAGCCAUGACUUUAUUUUGUUUUCCAUUUAUUGUAUCGUCAAAUUAUGCAACGAAAUGGUUAUUUGGUGAUGUUGGAUGUCAAAUCUACGGCUUUUUGGGCUUCCUGUUUGGAAUGACUACACUAUUAACUUCAUGUGUAAUAAGUAUAGAAAGAUAUAUAGUAUUACGUCGGAAAAUCAGUGGUCGACGUUCAAAUUAUACAACAAUUGUGGUUUUGGUAGCUGUGUGGUUUGUUGCACUAUUGUGGAGCAUAUCGCCUUUAGUCAUUGGUUCCGGUUAUGCUUAUGAGCCAUUUAAGACUUCCUGUACGUUGAAUUGGUAUGACCAUUCCUCCGUCGAUCAGAUUUUUAUCAUAAUAGUAACGUCCAGUAUAGGAUUCUGCUUUUUAGUCAUUAUUUUCUGUUAUGUCCAAAUAUACCGAAGUACCAAAAUGACAAGGAUAUCUUCUACUCAAGAUAAAAGAGAAAGAUCAGUGUUAAGGGUUUGUGUGGUUGUCAUAUUUUCCUUUAUGAUAUGCUGGAGUCCUUAUGCCACAUUCUCACUUUGGUAUUCAUAUAGUGACACUUCCGGUAUACCAUUGUGGGUUACAGCUUUACCUGUAUUAGCUGCAAAGUUGUUUUGUUGUAUUAAUCCUGUGAUCUAUCUAGUUGUAAGCAAGCGAUUUAGGCAAAGGUAUAUCGAAGUUGUAUGCCGUUCGUACAAGUAUUGUGGUAAAAGGAAUAGCAUCACUCCCGAGAGGACUCAAACUCUCCAAAUGAAAGUAGUUUCUUAA